GUGUUUUACCGCCGCAGUGAAAAAUCGAGGGAUGUCCCAAACCUAGCCUUACCCAUCAUCUCCUUCCCCCUUGUUAGCUUCCUCCUCUCUCUGUCUCUGCUUGGGGCAGACGCUCUGAGAACACAAUCCGCCAACCAAACCGCCGAUCGCAUUCCCGCUUUCCCUUCCUCCCAUGGCGGAAGCUCAAAGCGGCACUGUCCCAUCCCUCGCCGAGCAAUAUGCAUUGAAGGAGAAAGAGGAGAAAUUGGAAGUGGUUACAAAACCUGCCGAUGUAAAAGAGCCUGAGAACCCUGUGAAAGCUGCUUCGGAAGAAGUGGCUGACACUCCUGCUGAGGUCCCACCUACUGAAGUCAACCCUCCUGCCACCGAAGAAAGCAGUGAUGCUGCUGCUGACAAAUCUCCUGUUGAGAAGGUCGAAGAGGCUUCAGCUGCUGCGGGUGAUGCCGACGAGACUACUGAAGCGAGCAAGGAGGGAAACGCAGGUGAUGCAGAGGCUGCUGAAGAACCAGAGAUAAAGCUUGAAACUGCGCCAGCAGAUUUUCGCUUCCCUACCACCAACCAAACAAGACACUGCUUCACUCGAUACAUUGAGUACCAUCGUUGUGUUGCUGCCAAGGGAGAAGGUGCUCCUGAAUGCGAUAAGUUUGCAAAGUACUACCGUUCUCUCUGCCCCGGUGAAUGGAUUGAUAAGUGGAAUGAGCAGAGGGAGAGUGGCACUUUUCCUGGUCCGCUGUAAACAGACCUAUGUUUUGGAAGAUAUUUCUUCUCUUGAAGGUUACGACAUGAUGCAGCGGAUGAUUUCUUGAAUGAGAGAGUAACUCUCCAGGAUUGUUAUGUCUUAAGAAAUGAGCUAAUAAAACGAUUUUCGCUUUCCUGUCUGUAAGAAGAGAACUAGCUAGUUUUCUAGCAGAUCGGAAUACACAAAUUUUUUGCCACCCAUACAAGGAUAUACUGCUUAUCGACUGUCUCCAAGAUAACCUCUUACAGUAUGUGCUUUCCUAUCAAUGAUUUUGUGCUGACUUUUAUUUGC